AGAAAGAUGAUCACCGGGCUUGCUUUGUCACGUGUUGCUUUCGGUUUAACCGCCUUCCUCCUCCUCGCCGUCGUUAGCAGCCAGGAGAAGUGCAGCAACACCUGCAUUGCACAGAACUGCAACAGUCUUGGUAUUCGCUAUGGGAAGUAUUGUGGGAUAGGUUACUUUGGAUGUCCUGGAGAGCCACCUUGUGAUGAUCUUGAUGCUUGUUGUAUGACUCAUGACAAUUGUGUUGAUUUAAAAGGUAUGACUUACGUUAACUGCCACAAGCAGUUCAAACGUUGCGUAAACAAGCUAAGCAAAUCUAUUAAACACUCUAACGGAGAAAAGAUUGGAUUCUCCACACAAUGCCCUUAUUCGAUAGUGAUACCAACCGUGUUCAAUGGAAUGGAUUACGGCAUUUUCUUCAGUGGGAUAGGUAAUAUAUUUAAUCCCCCGGUGCUGGGAAGCGUGCCCGUCGUGGAGGUGGAUCUCGCUCGGAGUAAAGUGGACACAAAGGAUGGCCUUGGAACAAAACUAGGCCUUCAAACAAAAGAAGGCUCCAAAGUCUCUGCUUCUUUAAAUAUAUGAGCCCUUCUAGUACUAUUUCUUGAUCAUCUUCUAAAGUGACUACUCUCUGUAACUUCGUUGUUAUAGAAAAUUCAUAAAACAAAAAAAGACUUUGAAUUCUGUCCCAGAUCAAAAUCAACUGGCAAUCAAUGACUCAGUCUAUGUAUUUUAUCUAUUAUUUUGGAUGUUAAUCACAUCUUUAAUAACUUCACUAAAGUCAAAACGUGACAUUGUCACUAAUUCCAUCUUAUAAAAUCCAGGUUGUCUUCCUG